AUGAGAAGAGAUGCUUUGAGCACCAAGAAAAGGAGCUACGCAUGGGUUUUAUUCCUAAGCUUUAACAAGUUGCGUUUGGAUUUUAUCUUCUUCCUUUAGCAAAUUCCCAACAGCGGCACAGGGAAAGUAGUGAUGGUGGUCGGAGUUGGACGGGCAAUCACUGUGACCGGAGUCGCUGUGGUUGGUAGGCGGGCAAUCAUGAUGGCCAGAGUCACUUUGGCCGGAGUCACUUUGACGGGAGUCACUGAGAUUAGUGACUGACGGCGGCGGUACCGGUGCCGGUGCCGGUGACGACGGUGCGGCGCCGGGGUCGGCGGUCAGAGAAGUGUUGGUGACUUCAAAGUAUGAACUAUUCAAAGUAUGAACUAAUAAAUGUGUGAUUAAAUAUAAGGAAUAAAUGACCUUUAGUCACUUUUUUUGAAAAAAAUAAAACAUGUCACAUUUUUGUCUAUUCCAUUCAUUUUAUUAAUAUUGAAAUAAAAAGACCAAAAUAGAAGUUAUGGAAGGACUUUUAGAUUUAUGGAUGCAACAGGCGGCAAUGCGGGAUAGCGUUGGGUUGAUCAGCUAUUGACUUUGUGCCUCCUGUCCCUGUAAAAAAAUGUCAGUGUAUACACAACACAGGAAAGAACAUCCCGCUUCUGCCUAAUUCUAUGUCAGAAAAUGUCCACUCCUCUCUAUCUAUCGCUUAUAAACUCCGUAUAUUCAAAAAAUCAAAACAGACUAAUGCAUAUCACUAACACCGGUUGGGACCGCCGGAGAUUUAAAACUUCCCGAUGACCCGGCCGGGGAUUUAGUAAUACGGAGCUUUCAUGUGUAAAUAUAUUCCUCUUCUUUAAUUUAUUUGUUUGAUAUAUACAGUUUUCAACAAUUAAUGCAUUUCACCUUCUUCAUUUAGUGCACCCUGGGCUGGUGGAUCCUCACCUGAUCUCUCUUUGUCUGUCUCUCUCCAUAUGCAUAUAAAUGUGUCCUUACGGGAUAGAUAACUGAAUAUUUAUUGCUGGGUAUGUACUAUACGGUGAAACUGUUCAUGAAGAUGGAGAAAGCUGAUUCCUUUUUCAUCGCUUAGGGAUACCCACCACAUACCUUUAUUGUCACUAUUUCUUCUUCAAUCUACAUAACAUCUUUCUUCUCUAUAUUCAAUCUCCACUGCAUAAUCAACGGAAUGCCUUUGACAGAGCGGAAGAAGAGACGAGCAUGAAAGAAAAUCAAUGUGAAAUUUUAUGCAUAAAUGGUGACAAGGAGACAGAUCUAUUUAGUGGCAUGUUUGGAUCAAAUGGUAUCAUACCCGCAGAGUGUGAUCAUGAAGCUUAUGUCACUAAUAAAGAUAAAGACGGAUUCCAAAAGGUUCGAGAACUUGAUCGUGAUGCGCUACUUCUUGAUUGUUCUUUCAAGAGUAUCGAAAAUAAGCUUCAUGUUUUUCCCACAAAGGAUGAUAAAAAGAGUCAGUUUCAUUACAUUGCGCUUAAGACAGAUGAAGAAGAUGCACUUGAUAAAAAUAUGUCUCCUUCAGAUGCUACUGACAAAAGUGUUAUUGAACAUGAGCUGCCUGAAUCAAUUGUGUGUUGCAAAGAUGAAAAGUGUAACCCCAUCAGAGAUAUUUGUGUUGAUGAGGGGGCACACACUGUGGAUAUAGGCGAUGACAUGUCAGGAAGAGAGCCUUUUGGUGAUAAGCUGCUCCUAUUGGAACCAUCAUCAACACAAAAUUCACAAAACUCUCUUGUCAGCUUAAACUGUAAUGGCAGUACAUGUGGAGUGCUGCCUGAUCAGAAGCCUCCGGAAGACAGAAUGUUGCUGGACCAUAAUGCAAUAUCAAAAACUGAUGAAUCUAACAAGAAAGAUGUGCCUGAAUUCCCUGAAACAUGCUUAGUCUACAGCAGCAUGGUGGAAAGCAAGGCUACAACUGACAAGGACACUACAAGUGUUGCUGACAGAAACGAAAAUGAAAAUGGUUGUAGACAACCCCAAGAGUUGCAAGAUGAUGCAGUUGUUAACAGUGAGGUUAAAGCCAAAGUAAACCAUCCAAUUAGUUGCCAACAGGAUAAAUUUGCUGAUGGAGGAGAGGCUAGUUUUUCUGGACUGAGUUCUUUGAUCACUUCUUCUUACGCGGGCUUGAUACCAUACUCUGGCAGCAUUUCUCUCCGGUCGGAUAGCAGUACAACUAGCGCCAGAUCCUUUGCCUUCCCAGUAAUACAGUCAGAGUGGAAUAGCAGCCCUGAGAAAAUGAAAAGAUCAUAUAAGAGAUCCUGGAAGCACAUGAGUUGCUGGCCGCGUCUUCUUUGCUGUAGAUUCUGAAUAAUGACCAUUUCAUUUGUCUAUAUAGGCCUUCUCAACUUAAAUUUUAUUGUUUUACCCUAUCAUGAUGGUUACUUUUUCAGAGAUGUGUUGGCUCUCUUGUAGUUGUAUGUAUGCUUAGUGCAAUAGUGUUGAUGUUAGGGUAUGAAUAUAAGGUUUGUUAUUUAUUUUGUCUUUUUUAAUUUUUCUAGAAUUAGCUCAGAAAUCUUUUUCUGUUGAGAGAGUGAUUAUUUUAUAUUUCCUCGUUUCGCAUGAAGCUUUGGAGAUUUAUGUCAAUGUUUUUUGCGGUA